CGAAGAUCCCUCAUAUCCUCCAGAAGAGCCCUCACAUCCAGCCUCUGAUCCCUCACAUCCUCCCGAAGAGCCCUCACAUCCAGCCUCUGAUCCUCACAUCCUCCCGAAGAUCCUCACAUCCACCCUCUGAUCUCUCACAUCCACCCUCUGAUCCUCACAUCCUCCCAAAGAUGCCUCACAUCCACCCUCAGAUCCCUCACAUCCUCCAUCUGAUCUCUCACAUCCACCGAAGAUGCCUCACAUCCACCCUCAGAUCCCUCACAUCCUCCCAAAGAUCCCUCAUAUCCUCCAGAGGAGCCCUCACAUCCACCCUCUGAUCCCUCACAUCCUCCCGAAAAUCCCUCACAUCCACCCACUGAUCCCUCACAUCCACCCUCAGAUCCCUCACAUCCUCCCGAAGAUCCCUUAUAUCCUCCAGAAGAGCCCUCACAUCCACCCUCAGAUCCCUCACAUCCUCCCGAAGAUCCCUUAUAUCCUCCAGAAGAGCCCUCACAUCCACCCGAAGAUCCCUAACAUCCUCCCGAAGAUCCCUCAUAUCCUCCAGAAGAUCCCUCACAUCCACUCUCAGAUCCCUCACAUCCACCCUCUGAUCCCUUAUAUUCACCCACAGAUUUUUCAUAUUCACCCUCAGAUUUGUCAUACACACCUGCAGAUCUGUAUAUUCACAUGA